CAAUCGCACCAUUAAGCUACUUCUCUAUGUAUUUAGGUGAAAAUUAUAACUGAACAUUGCUGGAGGUAAGAAUAUCUAAGGGAAUCUUCUUGGGGGAAACGAAAGAAAACACAAGAUCACGGACUAUGGGAGAUAUCUUACUAGUCUCCAGUUUCCUCGCGUUCAGAUGUCUUACGUGAUACCGCAUCAAAACAAACAGAGCCGGGAGCUUUGAGCCAUUCAUUUUGGGAAAAACUUUGUGACUUCUCCGUGAUAUGACAAUCAAUAGAAUACUUUGACAGAAUCAAAUAGUUAAAAAUGAAAUUUUAGGGCAAAAGCUCGUGGAUGUCAUCGGCAAAAUCCCGAAGGUUCCUGUAAAUAUCGGAAGAAGUGCUCAUUUCAUUACCAAGUCGGCCUCGGUUUCAACGUUAUCGACUUUCUGUAUCGUAGCUUUCCAGUGUUGUUUUCCAUAGUGGGAAAAUUCUUUUCGAGGCAGACGACACAGCUGGAAUACACAAAAAAGAUAUAAAAUAAAGAUUCAUAUAUAAAGAGAGAUGGGAAACGAAGUGAGUACAGUCGGAGGAGCAAUCGCCACCGCUGCCACUUCAGUUGCCGCUGGAGUUACGUUUGGUCAGGUUGAUGCUCUGAAUAAUGCUGCGGUCGAAUGCGCCAAGUUUACGGGAAAUGCCGCUUCCAAGACGGUUGUACGUCACGUUGGAGAAACAGUUGGCUCUGCCGUAGCAACAGGUGCCAUGGCAGCCGCUUCUGGAGCCACUUUUGGACGAGUGGAUACCUUGAAUAAGACUGUCGUCAAGUUAGCAAAGCAUACGGCUGAAGCUGCGGUCGAGUCUGGCAAAGUGGUCAUUCACACCACCAAUGAAGUAGCCAAUGGCAUGCCUGUGAUAGGGCACAUCAAAGGUGGAAUACACUAUGCCAUCGGGGACAGAAAGAGUGGGAAUGAGGCAAUGAAGAAGGCUUCAAGGUCAACUGGGGUUGUCGUAGGGGGCGUUCUAGGGGUAUCCGGCGGUCCAGUGGGAAUGGUUGCCGGGGGUAUCGCAGGGGGAGCUGUGAUGGAUGGCAUAACAACUGGAGUAGAGUCGGCUAUAGAAGGGAAGUAUACUCCAGCCGGACAAAUCAAAGCUUGGACUAAUGUUGCCACGGGUAAAGACCCACAGACGAUUAUCGGGGGCGUGGUGGGGGGUGUUAUGUCCCCCAUCAUGGACGGAGUAGGAGGUUAUGAUGUCGGAACUCUGUUUAAAGGAGGUAGAGUUACGCAUCCACAUGACCAUCACGACUUGGCGGAGUUCGAACAUGUAGAAGUUCCAAUUGAAUCCGAUUCCGAAAAGUCAAAACCUGUAUCAAAUCAUUCCAAGGCGGAACGAGAAAAUAGCGAGGAUUCGGGUGCGUCAUCAGCCGUGACAAGAGCCGAUAGAGGUGAGGAUCAACCACACACUAAUGGAAGGGAGGCAGAAGAUAGAUCGAGCGAAGACGCUGAGGGAGUGGGUCGAUUGGUUGGCGAGGGAAGGAAAGCAGAAGGUCUAGGAAGUGACGAAAAGGGUGGAGUCCUUAGAAGGAUGGAGCAUUCAGCAGGGGAGGCAAGGGAAACAGAAUUUGAGGAGAGUCAAAGGGAAGUCGAGGAAAGCAAAACAGACAGUGGUGAAAGCGAAGCAGAUGGUGAAUUCGGUGAAUGGGUGUAUGUAUCAGCUACAGAGAUAAGCGAAGGAGAAGACGAGAGAAGAGAAGGUGUUUCAGAUGAAGGAGAGUCGAGUGGCGGCACGGGUGUAACAGGCAGACCUUUAGGAUGCAGUGGAUCAUCAAUUAUCCAUGCUUGGAAAACCGUACUUAGCGAAGGAGAAGGUGAAAUUAUUCACUUGUCAAAGCUAGAAGAUGGAACGCUUUACCGAGGCGUGAAUAAAGGUGAAAACCCAUACAGUGCGGAUGGCCAUGAGGCACGUUUGGGCGAAGGAGUUCACUUCACAGAUGACCUUGAUGAAGCUAUUGACUUUGCCACGCUACGGCAAGCGGCUGAAUCCUCCUACAGAGUAAAUGGAGAAGUGUACCAUUUCGCGUUUAAAGCCGCAGAAUGGCGGGAUUAUAUGAAGAACUGGACGCUUGAACAAGAAGGCACGGUCAGAACUCUUCAUAGUAUAGAUGAAUUCCAAGUUAUCAAGACCACUUAUGGUAGUGCAAACCAUUACCGAUUUAGCCCUCAUAUAGCUGAGGUGAUGGAACAGAGAGACACCCUGGUAAAAAUAAGAGAUGUUAGUACCUCAUCCAAAUGUUCUUUAACAUGACUGAACCUCAGUCACUUCAUACCCAUGGCGUACUCUAAAAUACUUACUUUUUUCUAUCGCGCAUUACAAUCUUUAAGUAUCUUUUGCGCAACCAGGCAUCUUCCGAGGUGGUGGUUGUAAUAAAGGGCGUUUGCUAUACAUUUAAGAUAAUAAAACUCUCUGGUUAUCAACGCUAUAAUCCACGCGGGAUUCAUUGAGGAGCUUUGAGAGAACACGAACAAAGUUCACAAAUCAAGAGCCGAAGGCAAAUGAUAGAAGAGCUUCUCUCGUGUCGAUCGAAGAUUACUGUGGGCUGCUAUGCACUGAGUCGAUAGGAAUUACGGUUUCUUGCUUAUAUGAAAUAAUUGUGAAACGUGUAGGUUUUCUGUGGGUUUACUGGAACAAUGAACAGUAGGUUUUUAACUAACUAGUCUUCGCGUAGUAUUGAGGAUAGUUUUAUCAAUCUGCCCGUAGAAUAGGAGCUUUCGCUUAAAGCGAGUCCUUCCUCAUAAUUUGUCACUUAAGUGAGGCGUGAGCAACUAAACAUUGCCUAAGGCCAGCGUGGCAUAGAACAAAACAAUGUUAGCGGAUUUUGCUGACUGAGUGUUUGAGUCAACCUUUUGAGUUUUUUUCUGUUGUGGUUUUUUCUUGUUUACUUUUGUGUGGUCGUUGCUUAGUAAAAAAGGAACUUGGUCAAUACAACUACUGCUGUUCAUUUCAAGUAUAUAGGAUAAUUUAAGUAUGUGACCAGGUAUUUACUGGGAUCAGUUCCUCCUGAUAUACGUUUACAACUUUUUCGCCUUUCCGUGUCCGCGCGUGUUCUUGG